AUGGGCAGUGUUCUGGCUGCCAGUUCCCCCAACCCUCCACCUCCGGCCCCCGGCGCCGCUGCUGCCCCCGGGUUGACGGUGCCGCCGGCUUUGGGAUGCCUCCUUUCCCCAGUUAUACCCCCGACCGGGGCAACUUCUGGACAGCGACAGGAGGCAGAAAACCCUUUGCCGAACCCGGGAGCGUUUGAUGAAUGUCAUCGCAAAUGUAAAGAGGUUUUUCCGAUGCAGAUGGAAGGCGUCCGGAUGGUUGUCAACAAGGGAAUCAGCAACCACUUCCAGGUGAAUCACACGGUUCUCCUCAGCACCUCCGGAGACUCCAGCUACAGGUUCGGUUCUACGUACGUCGGCUCCAAGCAGACGGGUCCAGCAGAGUUCUUCCCCGUCAUGGUUGGAGACAUGGACAACAGCGGCAGCCUCAACGCCCAGAUCAUCCACCAGAUCUCCAGCAGGAUACGAUCCAAAGUGGCCUUCCAGACACAACAACACAAGUUUGUGAACUGGCAAGGUGACGCUGAGUUCAGGGGAGAAGAUUUUACUGCGACCGUCACACUUGGAAACCCAGACGUCCUCGUGGGUUCUGGUAUCGUCGUCACUCACUACCUCCAGUCCAUAACGCCGGCUCUGGCUCUGGGAGGGGAGCUGGUUUACCACCGCCGGCCGGGAGAGGAGGGCUCAGUGAUGUCUUUAGUGGGCAGGUAUACAGGCAAUAACUACAUCGCCACGCUGACCUUCGGCUCAGCGGGAGCUCAUGCAUCGUACUACCACAAAGCCAAUGACCAGUUGCAGCUCGGAGUCGAGUUCGAGGCGAGUAGCCGAAUGCAGGACACCAGCGUGUCGUUCGGCUACCAGCUAGAUGUGCCUAAAGCUAAUUUACAGUUUAAAGGUUCGGUCGACAGUAACUGGAUCGUCGGCGCGACGUUAGAAAAGAAGCUGCUGCCGUUGCCGCUCUCUCUGGUCCUCUGCUCUUUCCUCAACCAUCGUAAAAACAAGUUCCAGUGCGGCUUCGGCGUCACCAUCGGAUAGAUCCGGCUGAACGGCGAGUUGUCGGACCUGCAGACGGACGGACUCUCUGUGGACGAACGGACUGAAACACUCCGUCAUCAGUCUGCCGUCUUUGGUUCCCAGAUCAUGUUUCAUCUCAUGUGGUGAACAGAAGCUGUUAAUGUCAGUAAAGUGUAAAGUAGAGAUGAACUCUGAGGACUCUUACAGGCAGGAUGUUGGAGCUCUUUGUUUCUGAGUCCGGUGCCCGUCACGUUUGGGUUCCAGCUUUGAUUUUAUUCUUUUUUUUGUUUUUUUACUGUAAAGUCUGUCUCGAUGUGCAGUGAAUGAAAUGGUCGUCAUUUGCUUGUUAAACGGUGAUUUAUUGGUUCCAGACGAGUUGUUCUAAGGAGUGUACUGUAUGUCCUGUUCACCACCCAUCACUUGUUUCGUUGCCUUUUUUAUGUUACGUACAAAUGGAGCAGCAUAUAUGACCUGUAUAUACCUCUGAGACACUGAUAAAUCCAUUUCUUACUAAAA